AUGAGAGUGUAUGACAGCAGCUCUGGAUGUGACUGGAGAACACAAGGUGACUUGGCUCUGUGUCCUGUAGACAGAGCUUUAUCCUUAGAGGAUCCCUCUGGCAGUCAGAGGGUUGCAGCUUUGGUGGUGAGUGGAGAUGUAAUUCCUGUUGUCGGUCCUCAGGUGUCGGACGUGUACAGCUCCCGCUCUCUGCGCCUUCUGCCUCCUCAUAUAUUUGCUGUCGCGGAUCGGGCCUACAAUGCGCUGCAGACGGCCUCUUCCUCCAGGAGUCAGUGCGUCGUCAUCAGCGGUGACAGUGGAGCCGGAAAAACCGAGAGCACAAAACUCCUGCUGAGACAUCUGGUGCGACGGAGCGGAGGAAACAAGCAGCUGAGCCAGCAGAUCCUGCAGGUAAAUCCAUUACUGGAGGCGUUUGGAAACGCUGAGACCGUGAUGAACCAGAACAGCAGUCGCUUUGGAAAGUACAUCCAGCUGCGCUUCACAGACGGAUCCAUGAGAGGAGCGAAGAUUAACGAGUAUCUUCUGGAGAAGUCGCGGGUGUCUCACCAGGACCCGGGCGAGAGGAACUUCCAUGUCUUCUACUACUUGCUGUUUGGGUGUCCUGAGGAGGAGAAGGAAGUGUAUGGUCUCCUGCAGCCCUCCAUGUACAGGUACAUCGGCCGUAGUUGGGAGGACACGGAGCGCCUGCGCUGGAGUGAAGGCUACCAGACGCUGUGUAACGCCCUGCGCAUGGUUGGAUUCCAGAAUCAGGAGGAGCUGGAUCUGAAGAUCGUCCUCUCCGGGGUCCUUUCUCUGGGGAACAUCGUCUUUGAGCCGGAGGAGGCAGGAGGUGUGACGGUGGAUGGCGCCUCCAUGGGCUGGCUGAAGGCUGCAGCGGGUCAGUUUGGGGUGCAGCCGGACGACCUGUUGAGCUGCCUGAUUUGCACGACAUCCCUGACCCGCGGUGAAGCUAUCCGGAGACUGCAUAGCAAGCAGCAGGCAGAAGAUGCCAGAGACUCCAUCGCUCGGGUGGUUUACUCUCGUCUUUUUGGUUGGAUCGUUAAGAAGGUGAACGAUCUUCUUGCUGAAGACGCGGUCGCAGGGUCACAGAUGCUGGAGAUCGGGAUUCUCGAUAUCUUUGGCUUUGAGAACUUUGCUAUAAAUCGUUUUGAGCAGUUAUGUAUAAACCUGGCAAAUGAGCAGCUGCAGAACUUCUUCAACCACCACAUAUUCCUGAUGGAGCAGCAGCAUUACCAGGAGGAGGGGAUCACGGAGGACGCGGUCAUCUUCACCAAUAACCAGGCCAUACUGGAUCUGUUCCUGGCGCGACCCUGGGGCAUCCUCUCUAUUUUGGAUGAGCAGACCUCAUUUCCACAGGCAUCUGACUCGUCUUUUGUGGAGAAACUCAACGCUGGUUGUGGAACAAAUCCUUACUAUGAGCGAAUCCGAGGAAAGGAUCCGGGAUUCACCGUUCAUCACUACGCCGGAAAGGUGCAGUACACGGCAGUCGGGUUCUUGGAGAGGAACAGGGACACGAUUCCAGUGAACAUUCAGAACCUGUUUAUAAACAGCGAGACCUUAUUACUGAGCCUGCUGUUCUCAGCCAGCAUCUCUAGAACGGGAACCCUGAUGCCCAUACACAGAGAGAAGGCUCUGAUGUCACAGGAUAAAGCUUCUACUCGUAAGAUGUCUGUUGGGGCGCAGUUUCGGCGGUCGCUUGGUGUUCUCAUGGAGAAGAUGUAUGCUGCCAGCCCCCAUUUCAUCCGCUGCAUUAAACCCAACCGUGAGAAGCAGCCUGGAGUUUUCCAGCCUGAUGAAGUGCUGAACCAGCUGCGGUACAAUGGCCUGAUGGAGACGCUGCGGAUACGCAGGGAUGGCUUCUCAUGGAGACCUUCCUUCCAGGACUUUGUCGGGCAGUUUGGGAUCCUCCUCCUUACACCUGAGGUACCUGUGAGCAGAGACAGUUGUGUAAGGAUCCUGCAGAGGGUGCAGCUGAGCGGCUGGCAGUGCGGGACAUCGCGGCUCUUCUUCAAAUACUGGCACCAGGAUGAGAUGAUGCAGAACCUGCUGAGGCUGCGGGACGCCGCCAUCACCAUCCAGAGGCGGUACAAGGGUCUCCUCUGCCGGAGAACGUUCCUCAGUCUCCUGGAAGAAACGCGAAAACUGAAGGAGAAGCUGAAAGAGGAAGAGUCUGAAAGGGAGCGCACGAAACGCCAGGAGGAGCAGGAGGCGGCAGCUCGUGGAGCUGUGGCCCGCCCUGUGCCUGCACCUCGGAGAAGACCACUUCCUGUAAAGCUAAGUGACGCCCCCUCGGAGCCUCCGGUCCCCCGCCCUCGCAGUCGGCUGUUGCAGCUGUCCCCAUUUGACAAUCCUGCGGUGCGUCCACCACUUCCAUCCCUCGCUCAUCAGGACGGUGCAAAGAAGCAGAUGCAGCGGCGGAAAACCCUGCUGUGGUUCAAGGAGACGCAGGCCAAGAAGGUGCUGGACGGUGGCGAGUUCCCGCCGUGGCUGCAUGGAAUGAUCUCUCGCAGGGACGCUGAGAAUCUUCUGACAGAUAAAGAACCGGGAGAUUUUCUCGUCCGAAUCAGCCAGACCCGAGCGGGAUACAUCCUGAGCUACAAAUCGCCCUCCCGGUGCCGCCAUUACAUGGUGGACGUGCUCUCCAAUGGCUGUUACGUCAUCCUCGGCGAGGAGCGCGCUCACACCUCACUCAUCACUCUAGUGAAAUUCCACCAAAGAAUCGGGAUCCAGCCGUACGGGGAAAUCCUGAGAGAACCGUGUGGGAAGAUGACAACCUGGGAGCCUGACUAUGCGGAGCUGUCGUUUCUGAGCAGGACGCUGUCUCUGGGAGAUGAGAACGGGUGCUCUCCUGAGUCGUCGGGGGUCUUGGAGUCGGUGAAGUUUCCACAUCAUUACCACAAGUCAAUCCGCAGAGCCAUGCGUGAGAUCCAGCAGGCUUCUCCUGUCCAUAUGACCAAUAGUUGGAAAGCAGAAGAGCGCAGACCAUCUGCAACGUAACGGGCCGAGCGUCCCAGAGAGCCGAGGAGCCAACAGAACCAUCUGCCUCCCUAGUUAGGGGGGAGGGGGCUGACUUCUGCUGCCCUGAGACCAGCACUGGAUCAGCCCUGUCCUGCCAUAACCCAGCCCCUGUGAGUGGUGGACGCAGAGGACCCCUUCUCAUGGCUGGGACUGUGGUUCUCUGUAUGCCCUGCCACCUCUUGGUGGGUCAAGACUCCAUUAUUCUAGAUUCUGUGAUUUCUAGUUUUUUCUCUUCAAUGUGUAAAUGUCAUAAUAAAGUAAUAAGAUGUCACGU